AUGACUGAAAACCCUAGUGCAAAAGUUAAAGCCGCGUUUUAUGCUCUGCUAGCAAAACACAAUGCCCGGCCCUCUCCGGGAGGGGAAGAAUGGGCUCAAAAUAACUGGUUUAAUUUGGAUAAUGUAACUGAUAGAGUAUGUUCUUUACAACAUGAGACUAGAUUUAAAUUUGGCCGAAAUAAAACCAUAAUCUGCUCUGUUUUAGGGGCAUGCUUUGCGGCAGCUAUAGAUCAUCACUUAAAGCGAUGUACUGAGGAGAAAGCAAUCAUAGAUUCACUUCAAAACCUAGUGGAGAUUUUACAGAAACAAUUAGAUGAAGAGAAGAAUAAAAAUCAUUUGCUAGAGACUGCUUUAAAAGAGGAAUAUUUUAAGAAUUCACAGAAUACUGACUCACCAAAAGAGACAGAGGAAAAGGAAACUCCUCACAUUAACCAAAUAUACCCCCAGAAAGAACUAAUACUAGUAAAAAAUUGUGGGGAAAACUGCUGCCCUCGUAUAAGACCUCUGAUUAAAACAGAAUAUAAUUAUAUCAAUGAUGAAGAUCUUGAACCGCAUAUCACCACUAAACAAAUACCAUACACUGCUGUUGAAUUGGCCAGGUUAAAAAAGGAGUAUGGGUGGCUCCCCCAUGAAUCUGAGACGGAAUAUGUUUUCCGAGUGUCCCUCACUGGAGGAGACCAAAUUCAAUUAACUGAACAGGAGGCCAGUGGAUACUGGGGACAUGGAGUUUUCUUGACAACAGGAGACAAACGUGGCACAUGGUCCCUGACUCAGCGUGCAGCUUUCUGGGCCGGGGGACUCAAUCCUUUAGAAAGGGGAGACCCUUUAGCUAUAGUUGGUACCCCCGAUCAACUUCUAGAAAGCGUCCACAAAGCCGCCUGUCUGCAAAUGAUCCAUGAAAGGAAAUUAACUCCUGGAUAUGAAUCCCCCAUGCAAUUACCUGUGAAACCUGAACUGAUGACCCCUUUAAUCCGAGGUCUUCCAGAAUCACUCAAACCUACAGCAACUGUCCUUCAAAAAACCAUAGCAGCUGUAGGCCCCAUAGAUAGGCUGAAUAGAUUCCUUGGAAACCCGAGCGACCAAACUGGAUCUACCGAUCCUGGGUUUACUCCAUAUUCAACCCCCUCUCAGCCGCCAGGUUCACAAUCGAAUUCACCUGCCGGUGAUCGCAAAGUUUGGACAUGGAGUGAGGUUGCAGAAGAUCUGAUUAAUUACAGUAGGAAAUAUGGACCUAUAAAAAUCCCAGAGGAAAAAUCAGACAAAACAAAAGGUGUCAGGUACAUUAGGGCUCCUCAUAGUGAAAAACCAGAGAAUGUAAAACAGAUCCCUAAGCGUCAGUAUUGGUGGUUAUUAGGUAUCAAAAAGGGGGUCCCCAGAGAUAUGAUGGAUGGCUUACCCCCUGAUAAAUUGAGUAAGGUAGUGUCUAACUGGCACUGCCGAAAACCCAUUCUACCGAAUCCGUCACUUCAACCCAGUGCACCCCUCCUCCCUCAGAAUCUGGGCAGUGAGUCAAAGCAACCUCUCCCUCAAAGUCUGUGCAGUGAGCCAAAACGACCUCUCCCUCAAAACCAGGGAAACUAGACCCUCCGUCUCUUGUCAGUGGGCGAAGAGACGGAGCAUGGAUAUACCUGAGAAUGCUCACUAAAAAUAAAACAGGAGAUAUAAUGAUCACAGCUAUUACAGGCCCUAAACGGGCACCUGUAACUUUUCUGAUUGACACUGGGGCACAAAUUUCUGCGCUGACAAAGAAAGAUGCCCAGAGGUGUGGAAUUGUUCCAACAAAGAACCAAUAUUGUGUUUUAAAUGCCUUGGGAACGCUCUCACUACAGGGACCAAAUGAUCCUAAGAAUCCUGCACACUACCCUGGACAACCUGUUUUGGUAGACCUUCCUACUGUAGGAGAAGUACCACUAGUGCUAAAAAGCCCUCUGAAUAAAUAUGCAUGGGUAGCCUCUGAUGCCCUAGGGAGAGAGCAUCGGAUACAUACAUGCUGCAUAAUUCCAUCAUUCUAAUUUUCUGCCUUUGGUGGCAGACUCUGUUGUGUUUGCUUUUCACAGAAGAACUCCGAGGGACAUGAAGAAUCCGGCAUGGUCCCUCAAACAAGUUAAAUUGCUGAUGCAAAACAAUGUCUCAGAAGUUCAGCCAGCUUGUUCACCUUUUCUGCAAACUUCCUUCGAGGGGUGGACAACCUGGUUGCAAAAGCGGAACCCUUCUAAGAAACGAACGCAAAGAGACAUAACCGGUGUUAUGGGAACAGGAUUGGGAAUCUUAAAUAGUAUUGAUU